CACGCUUUUGCUGCUGCUUCUUCUCCCUCAAGCACCCAAUUCCAUGCCACGCUGCGUGACAGCAUGACCCGCGCCGCGACGAGGCCUCUCAGCACACCCGAAAAUGCGGUUUACGCUGCCUGCGGCCUCCCUCAUCGCACUCGUCGCUGAGGUGGUUGCAAACACCGAAAAGGUCAUCUUCACAGCUCCCAGCGCCAUCACUAUCCCCAAUAUCCGCCCCGGACUGGAUGACCUCAGCCUCGACGUCCUGUCGCCCGCUGGCCUGCGUACGCUGGAGACCAAUUUGGCCGUGCAAUUCCCCUCCGACACAGCCCCGCGCGGGGUGCAGUCCUGGUAUCUGCUCAAGGGCCUGGAAGCUGGUCGACGCUACGAAGUGAGGGCUUGCUGGCCGGCAACUCAACCGACUGAGUUCUGGCUCGACGUUCACAACCUCACCCACGUCUUCGAGACACCUCUCCUAAUAUCCUCCCUCGCCGAUUACUCCGAACAGCGGCAGCAUCCUGGUCUACAAGCCCCCCGACACGCUGAACCUGAAGCUACGUCCCAGUCAGUCUUGUUACUGCAAGUACAUUCCGCUGCCGACUACUUCACCUCGAACCGCACGUUGAUGGAACACCCGCCAGCCGUCGACGUGGACAUUAUUCUUGAUCCAUUCCUCUUGAAUAUCCUUCCACAGUCGCUCGGCCCCACCGCCCUCUACAUCACCGUUCUCACAGCCGGAAGCUUCUUCCUCUCGGGCGCUAUCUACAACUGGCUCUACCGGAUCGCGGAAAUACCCAAACCCCACACCGACUGAGUGAAUGCCUAUGCGAUUGCAAUUCGGGUCUCCCAUCGCCUUCGCGAAAGGCCUUCUCAAUUCGAUCUUCACUCGCCAUCCACUGCCUUCAACCAUGGCAACACCCGCGGCACUUCCCAAACUCUCUGUCUUGUUCUGUCUCCCCCCAGAGCUCUUCCUCCUCAUCCUGUCAUACUUGCGCACAGGCGACUUGCUCAAAUUCGCCUUGACCGCAUACCCGCGAUUGCGAGAGAGACUCAA